AGAUUUUUCUGCAUUUUAUCUCUAAAUAAAGACGAUGGGCGUGUUGUCGAGCUGACGUCACGCGUCACGUGCUUGAGCGGAAGGAAGUGUUCGUGUUUCAUAAAUUGAAGUUUAAAACAACAAAGAUGAAUUCAAUGAUCACAGAGACCCAGAGCAUUAAAGAGGCUGUGGUUUAUAUCAACUCCAUCGACAACAGCAAGUUCUCUCGUCUUCUGUCUCGAGUUCUGCACAAGCUUCAUCUGAAGGCAGAGCGAUCGUUCAGUGAGGAAGAAGAAGAGAAAUUACAAAGUGCUUUAUGUCUGGAGAAAGAAACUCUUAAGCUGGUGCUGGAAACCGUCUCCUUUAUUUUUGAGCAGGCCGUUUAUCACAGUGUGAAGCCAGCAUCUCUAAAGCAGCAGCUGGAGAACAUCAAGAUUGUGUCUGAUAAAGCCCAAGCGUUCAGUCAGAUUUGGGCUGCAGCCGGUCCAGAUGAACUGGAGAAGAUCAGACAGAGGAUUUUUGCACCUAAGACUUUGGUUCAGGUGGGCUGGCAGCUCAAUCUUCAGAUGGGUCGAUCCGCUCAGAGUAAACUCAAAGCACCGCAUGCUGUUCUGGAUUUAGGGCUCCGAGCGGAGGACGGUACAGAGCAGCUGGAGGAUGUUUUUGUGGAAUUUGACCAUCAGGAACUAUUGGACUUCUACAAUAAGAUGGAGGAGAUUCAGACACAGCUCGACUCUCUGAGCUAAAAUGCAGUCAUUUAUUGUUUGUAUAUCUUGUGGAUAUGUAGUGAAUUAGGGUUAGAUAAGCUCUUGCUCUGUGUGUUUUACUGAGGUCUAACAGGAACACAAGACACCGUCUGCACACGUUUGUUUUGUUUGUUUGUUUAUUUCAUUAUGAUUAAAUCAUAUUUGCCUUUAGUUUCACAUAAACCUCUGCCUUUGGCUCUCUGGCCAGAAUCGUUGUUAAAGUGUUCAUUAAAUGAUUCAUUCCA